GAGAAAAAAAAGGACAAUUUAACUUGGUAUCACAGUCACACAAAUACGCUUGAAUAAACAGUAUAUAAACAAGUGGUCUUUUUUUUUCUUUCCUUUUUAUCAUUUAUCACAUAUAUCAUCAUGGCUCCUAAAGAAUCUACCUCUGCUCCCGCCGCUGCCCCCAAGGCCAAGACUGGUGACAAGAAGAAGAGACUCGCUCGUCGUGAGACUUACUCUUCUUAUAUCUACAAGGUCUUGAAGCAAGUUCACCCUGAUACUGGUAUCUCCAACAAGGCCAUGUCCAUCUUGAACUCUUUUGUCAAUGAUAUCUUUGAACGUAUUGCCACUGAAGCCUCCAAAUUGGCUGCUUACAACAAGCGUUCCACCAUCUCUUCUCGUGAAAUUCAAACUGCUGUUCGUCUCAUUCUUCCUGGUGAACUCGCCAAGCACGCUGUCUCUGAAGGUACCAAGGCUGUCACCAAGUACACCAGUUCCAAAUAA